AUGUCUGGGUUAAAAUCUGGUGUAAGUGCCCGUAUUAAAGAACUACGACCCCGUGCAGAAUACCAUCAUUGUAGAGCACAUGCGUUAAAUUUGGUUAUUUCGUCAUCAUGUAGAAGUGUUGAUAUGAUAAAAACCGUAUUUGAUGAUGUUAAUCAAUUAACGUGGUUCCUUGGUGGCAGUCCAAAGAGAACAGCAAUUCUUAAGCGACACUUGCCCGUUGCAAAACAUGUUGAUUAUUUAGUAGGGGAUACCGAUGACGAGAAAGUUGAGAGUAACAUCAAUAUUGCAAAUGCAUUUUCCAAGAGUUUGCUUCCGAAAUUGUGUGAAACAAGAUGGUCUGCUAGAGUUGACACACUGUCCGUUAUUUUGGCUAAAUACAAGGCAGUUCUUGCAUCUCUUGAAGAUGUAAGAAAGGAGAAUACGGCAACCGAAGCUCGCACAAAAGCCACUGCAUUUAUACAUAUGAUGAAGAAGAGCACUUUUGUUGUUGCAAUAGUAAUUGCCCAUCAUAUUUUAAGUUAUACAAAGCCCUUAAGUCUUGCAUUGCAGAAUGCAAAAUGUGAUGUGUUCAAGGCCUUCACAGAUGCUCAGACAUGUAAAAAGGUAGUUGCUGAUCAAAGGUCGGACGAAGUGUUCAACAGAUGUAUAUGGAUGAAAGCAGCUGCGUACGCCGAGAGCAUAGACAUCGAGCUCGGUAAACCAAGAACAGUUGGGCGAAUGCGUCAUCGGGCUAAUGCUGCAUUUUCCGACGAUUCGGUACACGGCUAUUAUAGAGUGAACGCAUACUUUCCGUUUGUCGAUCAUUGUUUGAAUGAGUUGAAUGAACGAUUUCCUGAACAAACACGCCCAUCUUUCUUGGCGUUUCAGUUGCUGCCAUGUCGCCUUCAGAACAUAACUGAGGAGGAAAUUGCCGUUAUCCAAGUCAGAUAUGAGGAGGAUAUGCCAGACUCCAGGGUUUGUUAG